AUGGUGAUUUUCAGAUAUCAAUACGUCUUCUUGCUACUCCCUUUACUAAUAAAUGGAGAAUCAGACAGUGAAUCAAAUACUGCAAUAGAAAAUACAACUCAUAGCUGUCCUUUUACAAGAAUAAUUGAAGACAUAUUUAGAAUUCAAAAGAAAUAUUCAGAACGUACUUUAAAAGAUGGUGAAAGUGAAAAAUUUAUGCUGAGUACGAUUAAAAAUUAUACAGCCUACAAUAAUACUCAUAUAUCAAUUCAAGACGAAUUAAUAAAUGACAUUAUUGCGUCUAUAAAUAGAAUUAAAAAUAAUAUUUCCUUACAAAUAGACUCUAACGAAACUAGACUUAACGAAGCCAUAAUUUUAAAAGUGCCUGAAAAUAAUAGUAAAGACAACAAUAACGCAACUAAAACUGAACAUGAAAUUAAACACAAUAGAAAUUCCACUCAUAUCAAAAGUGGCAUUGAAGAUAAAUUAGAUUACGAAUCCCUUAAAAGCUCACAACGUGAAGCCGAGGAACAAAAGCUUGACAUAAAAGAAAUAAGUAAUGCUAAAAAUACAACAAACAAAACAGACUAUGCAGAAAUUUUAACAAUAGAACCUAAUAAUACAAGUCACAUAUCCCAACACAACAUUAUUGAAGUUCUAAAACAUUUAAUGCCUAUGUUCAACGGUUCAACAAACAAAGAACUCCAUAGUGUAACUAUAGUAGAACGAAAUCAUAGCAAAAACCAUUCAAUUUCCGAAACUAAAAAUGUUUCAACGAUUGUAGUUAAAUAUUGUGACAAAGGAAAUCUUACAGCAGCAAAUUUAACAAUUGACAUGGAUAAAAUAAACGUAACUAACACUGAAAAUGCCGGAGAAGAUUAUGUAGAUGCUAAUAAAGAAUUACCAAUUACCGAUCAAGAAAAUAUUGAAGAUGACUACUAUUCGGACAAAGAUAGCUCAGAUUACAGUGAAGAGCAGGCAGACCUAAAUGUUAAUUCAACAACUAACAAAAAGAAAGACGUUUUAGAAGCUGCUGAGUACGGAAUGCAAAAAAUGCAUGAACUCUACAGUGUAUUAGAACCAAAAUUAUACUCAAUGGGUAUAUGGUUAGACGACACAAAUCCGGCGCGCUAUGUUGCUGCCUUCAACGCGCCCUCAGAGGACAUUGCCAGAUACUCCCGUUAUGGUUAUGCAACUUUGCAGGCAGCCACAAAAUUGAAGGAGCUGAAUAGGUGA